GUCUGGACUUACUCAGGUGUCAACGCGUUUUGUUGCCGCCAUCAACUCGAAUCACGCGAGUGUUGGCUGUCGUGGCAGUGUAACCUUAAAACCGAAGCACACUAGUACCAGCCAUAUCUGUGCGAGAAAAAAGCGAUCUUCGGUGGCUACAACCUCUUUUCAGCUCCAGCUGUGUGUGACAUUUAUCGCAACGGUGAUACAGACAAGAAUGUCAAACCUCGCUCAAUAUUAACUGUCAUGAAUCGGUGGUGUUCAUUCGAGUUCAGACGCCGACUAUAUGGCGCUGCAAGGCAUUCGUGGCUACGCGCCUCUCAACCUCAAUGCCGGGGAUCAAACUGCGCCUAAUCCGAGUCAGAGCCCCUUCGAGGUGAAUACAGCAUACGAUCCGGCCGAUAUAUCACAACGCGGCUUGUCACCAAGGCAAAGUUUCAGAUUCACGAACUCAUUGCCUCCUGCCUCAUCCCCGCCAUCAAAGCGGUUGGACACAGAAUGGAAUCCUUUCUUUCUGCGAAAAUGGGUCUUACUCUGCUUUGCCCUGUUCUUCGCUCUUGUCAUUGCCUCGCUACAAAUUCUGUACAGUGUCAGCCGCAAGAACGAUGGAAUUGCAACCAGCGAUGGCGGCAAGCACUAUCUGUGGACCUAUGGCCCGACUGCCUUGUUCGUCGUUGUGACAGUCCUCUGGCGUCAGGUCGAUUACGCCGCUAAGUCCAUCCAGCCUUGGGCUGAGUUGGCUAAAGGUCCGCAACCCGCAAACAACAGCCUUCUUUUGGAUUAUGUCACGCCAUUGCAGAUCGUUGCCUUCUGGAAGUCGCUUCGAAAUCGUCAUUUCGUCGUCGCCUCCACGAUUUUGGUCUUUGUCCUGGUCAAAGUCAUCACCGUCGCUUCCACCGGCAUAUUCAGCCUUCAGGCUGUCCCAAAAAACAACAUCGCCACUGUCAUGGCAUUGAACAACACUUUUGAUGCCUCAGACUUUCAGCACGCCGCCGCCGUUGAUACUCGACCUGCCUACAUUGUCUACGGCCAUCGCGAAUACAACAAUACGCUUCCAAUUGGUACCACAGAUUCAUACGCCGUUCAGAUUUUUGCGCCGAACAAUGGCUUUGUGAAUGGGUCAAUCACCUACACCGCCGAGGUCGACGUCUUUAGCGCCGCUAUUGAUUGCGAGACUGGUACGCUUACCUACGUAAGGUCCUAUGAUUCGAGAUCGAACGCGCCAGUAGCGUCGUACUACAAUACUUCUAUAUCAUUGCCUGAUUGCGAGGUAUUCAACGCCUAUCUCGAUGCGCCCGAUUGGUAUUACCAACAAAAUGAUACUCAACAUCGUUUUGGAUAUCGCGGCACCUUUCAAAACGUCACUUGCACCAAUCUCCCAGAAGACGACCCAACCAGAGAGCGCUAUUUGAUCGCUUUCACGUACUCAGAAGGGGUGGGGCAAAAUAACAAUACGAUGCUGAACUCGUCCAAUGUUGUCUGCAAGCCUCGAUAUUCACUCGAAACUGCUACUGUCACCAUAAAUCCUGAUGGACAGGUUGUGUCCGUCGUCCCCACUGGAAAGUCCCGAAACUUUUCGGAUUUCACCGCUGGUGAUAUUGGGCUAGGAGUUUUCGCGUCUGUCAGCCAGACAUACGCCCUUGCUGUAUCUGGUGAGGAGCUUGUCUUGGAUCCAUUUACCAGUUUGAUGCAGCAAGACACUGUCGACUUUGAGAACCCUAUUGUCCUUGAUACUCAAUACCUCAACACCACAGGGAACCGCAUCUUCACCAAGGUCGCCGCGCAAGUCGCUAAUAUGUAUCUCCUCAAGCAAACUUCCGGCGAUUCGCGGCCGACCGUUGAGGGACUAGUCUCAAAGCACACUAAUCGUCUGGUGGUGCAACAAACCCCAGUAAGAGUCAUGCAAGGAGUUGCUGCCACAAUGCUCAUCUUAUCCCUUGUCAUGGCUUUUGCCACACCGCGAGGAGUUGUUCCUCGAUCCGUCGACUCGAUUGUUGCCAUUGCGGCAAUUCUUGCUCGCAGUCCGCAACUUGAACGUCAGCUGAGAGAGACUGGCCACAUGGACAUGAAUGAGCUUGCAUCGCUGCUCUCGCCAUAUAUGUUCUGGACAAAGAUCGAUAAUGAUAAUGAUACGCGCACAUUCUCCAUUCAGAUGGCGUCAAAACUAGACAACAAUUUCGGGCCCAAUCCCACCUCCCAAGAAAUCCGAGUUCACGGGAUCAAAUGGACAAGACCUUUUGUACUACGCCGGAUUGCAAUUUUCACUACGAUAUUGUUAUCAAUCGCCGCAAUCAUCACGCUAGAGAUCUUGCUGUCGCGAUCUCAGGCCAAUAACGGCCUCGCCAAUGUUGGCAAUAACACUUCCACGCGGUACAGUUGGCUCUACAUACCGAUGAUUGUUUUCCUAUUGUUGGGAACCCUUUUCAACAUUAUGGAUUUCGAGAUCGAGUUUAAUGAGUCCUACCAUGCGCUGUCCAAGGGAUUCUGCGAUGCUCAGUCAAGCAUGCUCUGGUAUCCUCUACGUCAUGUCUCAUUCCAUGCAACAUGGAAUGGCCUGAAGCAUAGUCGGUUUGCACUAACAGCAGCAUCGGCUUCAGCGAUCCUCGCACCAUUUCUCACAAUCGUGGUCGCAGGUCUCUUCUCCGCACGAGCAACUUUGCAUACAUCUCCCAUCGACGUCGACGCCUUAGACUGGUUCAACUCGACCGGCUCACCUUCCAGUUCUUCCUCUGAACUUCCGUCUCUUGUCAUUCAAGGAAACAUGUCAUAUCCGAGCUUCACCUUUGACGAACUAGCCUUUCCUCGGCUCGCCGUUGCUGGAGAUGCAGAUGUUAACGGCACAAUCACUGUGAAUACUCCUGCGCUCCGAGCUGGGGUUAUUUGCACACCGGUCCCAGAAUCCCGCAUCUUGGAAGCCCAAGUCAUUGACGACAACUACCUUGAGACCAACAUUUCAACGCCGGAUGGCUGUGGGAACUCUGGACGUAUAGAGGACCCUGUGUAUUACUUUCUCACCAACAAUUUGCAAGUUCCAAUUAAUGCAUCUGGGUAUUUCGGAGACAGUCUCUCACUCGGCUUUGAAGAAAACUGUCCAACUAUUGCAUUAUACUACGGGCAUGUGACCGACAAUGCUGUCGAUGAAUUUAUUGCAGUCUUAUGCACACAAUUCAUAGAACGGGUGGAUGCCGAGCUUAUGCUCACCGUACCGGAUCUUGAUAUUACGUCGCCUGCUACAGUCGUGCCGGAUUCGGCUGCGAACUAUUCUGACUGGCACGAAUCAUUUCCUUCGUUUCAGACAAUUAACAUUACGGGAACAAAGGAUGUCUUUAGUUCUACUUUCAAUGCACUGGUAUAUGGACGAGAUGGGGUACCACAGGAAGAAUUACUCAAUGCCACCAACCUGAUCACUGGCUAUACUCACCUCUACCGCCAAUACGUUGCCCAAGUAUUGAACCUCUACUUCCGCUCGGAGCUUUCAUCGUUGCCAGCCAACGAAAGCGAGGUGGUGGUCAAUCCUCUGGUGGCGACACUGGACGACUUUAACCAUUUUCGCUUGGUACAGUCACCAUUGUCGACCCACUUGCUCGUCGGAGUUUUAUCAGUCCUGACAAUAUGUGCUUUGGUGAUGCUCAUAACAGUCGACAUGCGACACGUGCUUCCCAAGCCCGUGGGCAGCGUUGCAGCAGUUGCUAGUCUCCUCGCUGGAAGCACGCUGGUAGAUGAGCGAUCAGGACUAAUCCCCAAGGGUUCCGAGUUCUGGAGCGAUGAAAAAUGGGACAAGGCGGGCAUCUGGCAAGGCCAAAUGUUUCGCAUGGGCUACUGGAACAAGUUCCAAGAGCCAGUGGACUCGAAUAGUCGAGUCAUGUUACCCACGUUUGGAGACUCCGACACGGGUAUGCGAGAAGAUGGGGAAUUAACAAAAUCGUACAGAAUCGAUGCCAGACAGAAGAUGUAUGCAUUGACCCAUAUUGGGUCUGGCCAAGGUGAUCAAGGGCAAGAUGAUAUUUGGCCAUCUACUCGUUGAUGCUACAGAAACGAUAACCAGGAUUUGAUGAACUUUUGUACUUUUACUGCCAAUCAUGCAUCAUAAUAUACAGACGCAGAAAGUAAUUUACUUUAGAGAAUGCACGAACUUGGACCCGUACAGCGGGAAUCCCUGGGCUGCCCAGAAAC